GAGAUGGAAUUUUAUCUAUUGAAAUGUACUGAAUGUACUUGUGAUCUUGAUACUGAAACGUUUGUGUAUCCAUAUAAGGGUUAUGAAAAUAUAUGCUCAAGUAUUGUUGAUCGAUAUGAUCCUAAAAAUAUAGAGGAUGAAGAAUUUAAUAAACCAUCUUUGAAGGAAAAUCCAGAGAGUGAACCUUCCAAAGAUGUAACAGAAAGAGAGGCACCUGGUGUAGAUGUUUUAUCUAUAAAAGAAACCGUACAUUUAGAACCUUUUAAACCAAAUGAUGUAGAUCAUAUUAGUGAUCCAGCUGUAGGAGGCAAUACUAAAGAGGGUGGAAGUAGUCCAAGAGGUGCAAAUGAUAUAGUACAUACAAGCACUGAAACACAUACACACCAUGAUGGUGUCUCUGCAUCGUCAUCAAGUUUAGAUAGUAUUUCUAGAAGCGAUGUUUCAUUAUCUGGUGUUGAAGGGAUUGAUGUAGGUCAACAGGAGCAUGGUUCCGAUGAAUUAUUAUCUUCUCAAAAAGUAACUGAUGGAGUUACUGAACCUGAAGGAUCUACAUUAAGUCACCAUGAAAACGAAACGAGCCAAACACACGCUAAUCUAGAUGGAGAAUCUGUAUCCAUUGAUAAUACCGAAGACACAGAACAUUCUAGUAUAACACCUCAUGUGACCCAUGAAGCUAAUUCACUUUCUGGAGGUGAAAACCAAGAAACCAUAUUAGGAGAAAGAGAAUCCGUUACUACCUCUUCCUUAGAAGAUGAAUCAAGCACAAUUGACAGACAUUCUGAUAGAACAAAUAUAGGACAAGUGAGUGAUGUAUCUGUUGAUAGUUCAUCUGAAACUGAGAAAGAAAGUAGAAGCGGUUUAGAAACUGAACAAAUGGAGGGUGCAGAAGUAAAUGGAUUAAAUCGUAAUAAUGAUAUGGCUUUGGAAAAUGAUUCAGUAGAGAGAAGAGAAGAUGAAAAUGCAGAUGCAAAAGAACGUUCAGGAGACGGUGCACCAAAUAAAGAACAUUUGAAUGCAUCACAAGGUAAGGAACACAAAUUAGGAAGUUCAGAGAGCCCAGAAAAUUCAAAAAGAGCAGAUAGUGGCUUAGAAAGUCAAUCUAAUAAAUUAAGUAAUACAUCACAUAUGAAUCAUAAUGAUAGAAUAGAAACAACAGGUGAGAGAAGUAUAGACGGUUCACAUAAUGGUUAUGGUCAUGAAAGAUCUGAUAACCCAAGGCACAGAAUGAAUAUAAAUAAUAGAUCUAGACAAGGACCGCUUGAGAGUGAUAUUGUUGUAAGAGGAGAUUAUAUAAAUAAUCAUGAAGGAGAAGAAGAAGAUGCCGAAAGUACUUUAAAUGAUCAUAGAAAUAAUUUAAAUAAUAUGCAUAAUAGAACUUAUAAUAUAGAAGAAUAUAUAUAUAGAGAUGUUAAUAAGGUAGCUCAUGAUAUAAUGAAAUCUUAUAAAAGCAAUGGAUGUACUAAUGAUUUGUCGUCAGCUUAUUGUAGUAAUUUGAAAAAGGAAAGUUUAUCUAAUGUUUGUACUAAUGAAGAUAGUAGAAACAUAUGUUGUUCAAUAUCAGAUUAUUGUAUGAAAUUCUUUAAUUUUAAUUCAAGUGGAUAUUAUAGUUGUAUGAAAAAAGAAUUUGCAAAUCCGGAAUAUAAAUGUUUUGCAAGGAAAGGUUUUUCAAAUAUGUAUUACUUUGCUGGUGGAGGAUUAUUUUUUAUAAUAUUAUUCCUCCUAGGAACAACAAGUUCUAUAGGCAAAUGGUCUGAAGAAAAUGAAUUAAAUGGUACAGCUUUUGAAGAAGCUAAUUUUGAAGACGCUGCUUUCGAAGUAACAACAGGCCAAGAUUCAGGUUUUGAAGAAUAUGGUGAUAAUGCAUAUAGGAUAGGAUUAUUAAUGAACCAAAAAAUUCAGUCAGCUAAAUCUUCAGAUUAUUUAGAAUACCAUAUGGAUAAUUAA